UCUGGCAAUGAAGACGAUGACGACGACUUCGAGGACAACAAAGAAGAAAAGGGCGGACGAUCUCGAAGGCGAGAGCGCGGAGAGAAAGACCGACCCCUUCCGCCUCUUCUGGCCCGCGUUGGCGGAAAUAUUGAGGUUUUGGGAUUCAACGCUCGACAAAGGAAAGCGUUUUUGAAUGCAAUAAUGCGUUACGGAAUGCCUCCUCAGGACGCCUUCAACUCUCAGUGGUUGGUUAGAGACCUGAGGGGCAAAUCAGAGAAGAAUUUCCGCGCAUAUGUCUCACUGUUUAUGAGACAUCUGUGCGAACCCGGAGCCGACAAUUCAGAGACAUUCGCCGACGGAGUGCCGCGAGAGGGUCUCUCCAGACAACACGUGUUGACGCGAAUUGGUGUCAUGUCUUUGAUUCGGAAGAAAGUGCAAGAGUUUGAGCACAUAAACGGUACGCUCAGUGUUUUGCUACCCGAUCAGGAACUGCCCCAAAACGGAGUGAACGGCUCGGCGGCCAUCUCUACGGUCUCAUCCGCUUUGACGACACCCACUGACAGCAAAGCGCCGUCGCCUACACCUACGCCUCCCACCGAUAACAAGGAGACCCCCGAAGAACCAAAGAUUAAUGAGGAGAAAGACGAAGAAAAAGAAGCCGAAGAGACGCCUAAAGAGGAGAUUAAAACUGAAGAAAGUGAGAAAACAGAGGAGAAAACUGAAGAUAAACCUAAAGAGGAAGAAAACACUUCUAAACCCUUGGAAUUGGUUGAAGAGAAGGUCGUAAAAGAAGAGUCAAAAGAAGAAGAAAAUGAGGAGAAGAAGACCGAAAGCGAAGAAAAAGUUGACGAGAAUUUAAAUAAAGAAAAUAAAACCAUUAAUGGAAAUAAAGAAUCCGAAGAAAUGGAAACGAAUGAUGAAAACGUGAAAGAAGUAAAGGAAGUGAAAAAGGUUUUGGCGAAACAGAAGUUUAUGUUCAAUAUAGCGGACGGAGGGUUCACUGAACUGCACACCCUUUGGCAGAACGAAGAGAAGGCCGCGGUUCCCAUCCGACAGCUCGAGAUAUGGCACAGACGUCAUGAUUAUUGGCUUCUAUCAGGUAUUGUGAGACACGGCUACGGGCGCUGGCAAGACAUCCAGAACGACGUGGCCUUCUCUAUCAUCAACGAGCCCUUCAAAAUGGAUGUCGGAAAAGGAAACUUCUUGGAGAUUAAGAACAAAUUCCUCGCCCGA